GGCGCCGGCCGGCGUUUCCGCAAACAGAAUCGUGGAUGACUGUGUGGUGUUGUUGCAUGAAGUUUUGCUGUCAGUUCAAGUAACCAGAAAUGGAAAGUUCUGCAAAAGCAGAGAAAUAUGAAAAGAUGUCUUUUGAAAAGACAAAAGUGUCUAUAGAUUCUGAAACAGAAUCUCUUUCAAGCGUUAAUGAAAGCAUCACUGCAUCUGGGCAGAGGCUUUCCGAAAAGACUCCUACAUGCCAGCAAGUAGAUCAACCAAAACUGAGCAAAGAGUGUGAAGAUUUUCUUGCAGAGCAAAAUUCAAGGCACGUGGAAGACUCUUCAUCCAAGAAAAGAAAAUUUGAUGUUGAAAUCAUCUUAGAGGAAAAACGCUCUGAUGAUGGAAAUGUUUCAGAGAAAAGAAAGCUGGAAAGGGGUGACGUUUGUGAAGAUGAGCCUUCUUCUGGAAGGGUCACCCAACCCGAGGACGUUGGAAAAAAACGGAGGAAGCUGGAGGAAGGACACAGCUCUACCGUGGCUGCCCACUAUAAUGAACUUCAGGAAGUUGGCUUGGAGAAGCGUAGUCAAAGUCGAAUUUUUUACCUAAGAAACUUUAAUAAUUGGAUUAAAAGCAUUCUUAUUGGGGAAUUUUUAGAAAAGGUACGACAAAGAAAAAGUCGUGACAUCACUGUUCUGGACCUGGGAUGUGGAAAAGGUGGAGAUUUGCUCAAGUGGAGGAAGGGGAGAAUUGGCAGGCUAGUAUGUGCUGAUAUUGCUGAUGUUUCUAUGAAACAAUGUCAGCAGCGUUAUGAAGACAUGAAAUGUCGUCGUGAUAGUGAGAAUAUUUUUAGUGCAGAAUUUAUAACUGCUGACUGUUCAAAGGAACUUUUGGUUGAAAAAUUCCAUGAUCCAGAAAUGUACUUUGAUAUCUGCAGCUGUCAGUUUGCUUGUCAUUAUUCCUUUGAGUCCUUGGAGCAAGCUGAUAUGAUGCUUAGAAAUGCUUGUGGAAGGCUUAGCCCUGGGGGCUACUUUAUUGGUACUACUCCCAAUAGCUUCGAGCUGAUAAGACGCCUUGAAGCUUCAGAAACAGAAUCAUUUGGAAAUGAAAUAUACACUGUGAAAUUCCAGAAGAAAGGAAAUUAUCCUUUAUUUGGCUGCAAAUAUGACUUCAACUUGGAAGGUGUUGUGGAUGUUCCUGAAUUCUUGGUCUAUUUUCCAUUGCUAACUGAAAUGGCAAAGAAGUAUAAUAUGAAGCUCAUCUAUAAAAAAACAUUUCUGGAAUUCUAUGAAGAAAAAAUCAAGAACGGUGAAAACAAAAUGCUCUUAAAACGAAUGCAGGCCCUGGAGACAUACCCUGCAAAUGAGAACUGUAAACUUGCCUCUGAGAAGGUGGGUGACUACGUGCAUGCAGCAGAGUACAUGAAGAACAGUCAAGUGAGGCUGCCUCUGGGAACCUUAAGUAAAUCAGAAUGGGAAGCUACAAGUAUCUACUUGGUUUUUGCCUUUGAGAAACAGCAUUGAGCAAGUUGCCUCAGAGCAGCACUCCAUCCUUCCACAGGAACAAACCAUCUCAGAUACGUUUGAGAACUGUUUGUGUAUUUUAAUAGUAAGUUCUAAGUGUGUAGGAUGCUGCCAAAAAGUCUGGUGUAUAAAAUUGAUAUUUACUGUCUGUGACAGGUUAGCAUUGUGUGUGUAUAUAAGAAUGCUUCAUCUUUAAGAUCUAUUUUUAAGUAAUAUUUUAAGAAUUGUUUCUCUCUAUUGUCAAAGACUAUAACAAGGCGUGUCAGAGCACUGACCUUUCCACAGUGCUAUGAUUUGCUGAGUGUGUUUACAGAGCUGACUUUACAACUCUAGAAUUGGCAAAGAACGCUGGUUUGCCACCAUGCACUCAUUUCAAGUUGUGUUACAGUGUUUUUCAAGAUUAAAUGGUUUGUGUUCUAUGCAUUUGAAUGUAAGUGUUCAUUACAUAUUGCUAAAGUUAUAAGAUUAAAAUUUGAUUUUAGAUUGUCAUAAGAGCUACCUGGCUAGAUUUUGACAGUCUUUCAAUAAAAUAACUAUUUGCUAAUACCCUGCAAUUAUGUGACUCUAUAGAAAAUUUUAGGUGGCAGCAUAGAGUUAUUGUGGAAUGGUUGAUAUUCUCUUAAGAAUUUCUUACCAUAACAAUUAUAUACUCCAACUAUUGCGGUUGUAAUUAAGGUAUGUUUAACUUUCUUCAUUGGACAGUGAUUCAGUGGUUAGAUAUUCUUAAGAUUUGCCAUGUCAUUCUGUCACAUAAUGUCUUCAAAUGUCUACAUGCAAGUGCAACGGGAGUAGCAUGUAAGAUCGACUUCUGAUGCCUCUUUACUAACAAGAGACCUCAGUUACUAAGGCUUUGUCCUUCUUGGUCUCAAACAAGCAACACAUACUCUUAAAACAUUGGUACUUCACACAGCAGGGCCCACUGUCUAAUUGUCUCUUGAAACAGUCACUUGUUGUGGCACUGAUGUGGUCAGCAUGGCUGCCUUCCAAGUGUUUACAUGCUGUCUCACAACCAUCAUAAUUGUCAUUGUCAAUUAUAGAAUUGACUUCUAGAACUGAUGCCCAUGUAAACUGCUUUCUUACAUUUAAGCAACUUGCUAGCCUUUAGAUGUAUCAGGAAACAUGAGAGCAAAUAUGAUUAUAUAUUUGUUUAAAAUUCAUUUACUUAGAGGACAAUUUACAAAGAUGCUACUUUCUAUAAAAAUCUGUAGUACUUCCUCUAAAAGUAGGCUUAGCACCAGAGAGAUGGCUCAGCAGUUAAUAGCCUUGGCUGCUCUUGCAGAAGACCUAGGUUCAGUUGCUAUCAUCUACAUGGCAGCUUACAGUCAUCUGUAACUAGUUCCAGGGGCUCUGCAUCAUCUUUUAGCCUCCCUGGACACCAGGCAUGCACAUAGUGCAGGCAGAACACUCACACAUGUAAAAUAAAAAUAAUUGUUUAAAAAAUUAAAAGCAUAAUCUCAGUUCAUGUAUAAUCACUGUUCUUAGUAUGAGAGGGUAAGUCAGGUCCUGGUGCAUGGGUUGGGGUUGGGGGAGAAAAGUUCUUGCUCUUAGAAAUUUAAAAUCAUUUUAUUCCUGAGGAAGGUACCAUUAAGUAUGAUGGUUUGGCAGGUAGAGAAAGCUUUGUCACAAUUCAUGAUCUUAGUUAAUAGGUGAUACAUCAAUUUUUAGUCUCUUUCUGCCGUUUCCAUUCCAUUCCAUGGGUUGUUUUUAGGAGAGAAGAAUUCCUCAAAGGGUGGAGUAAUUGAUGGCUAUCCCAAACAACAAGAAGAGAAAUGUGGAGUUCCCAGGCCCUUUCCUGAGGAAUCGGAGAGAACUGGAUGGGGUCUGAGAUGGGCUCUAGUCAUUACACCUACUGUCAAAGACGUAGGAGAGUUCCCAUGAUGCCACAGUACAGGAAACAGUUCAAGCAGCUGCCUUUUUUCUUUUGUGUUGUCCUUAUCUGUUGAGCCUCUACUCCUCCACUGCUUCUUGCUGAAAUUAAAUGACUCGGGUUGUAGUCUUGAGGACAAGAAUGGGAAGGUGGCCUUUUCCGUUGUUUCUUUCAUCAGAUGAGACUUUUCCAGCAUUCUUGGAACAUAAAUGUUUAAUUUUGUCAGGACUUGUAGUAUCUGAUGAGAAAGGUAUGGCUUUUCAUUGUAGGAUCCAAGAAGAGUCCCUUAUCUUGGGCUUGGUGAUGAAAAUGGAUCAGACGAGCUGUCCCAAUGCUGCCAGGCCUGCACACACUGUACCCUCAAAGGUUGAGUUUCAAAAUGAAGAGCAAGGGCUGGAGACAUGGCCCAGGGGUUAAGAGUACUUGCAACUCUUCUGAGGACUGGAGUUUGGUUCCCAGCAUGUACAUUCAGACACCCACACAUAAAUAAAAAUAAAUCUUUGCAAUGAAGAUCACGUAGGCCAUUUGUGAGAAUGACACAACUCGAACUAGAGAUAGUUGGCUUGGGGACAAAGCUUCACUGUAUUAUGACCUAGAAUGCUGACAUGGAAUUGCUUGGGCCUAGAAUUUACUCAGGGAACUUCCGUUCCAGUGUAUCCAGUGCUGAUGGGGAGAAGCUAAGGGGUUAUCAGUCCCUCCCCAUCCUUCUGGUGUCCUAACCUGCACAGAGAGCCUCAAGCUGGCUCACACACCACUUCAGUGCCCCUGAGCACUUUAGAGACUUUUGUCAGUAAGAGAAGGCUGUGACUGAGUAGAGUUCUUUAAUGAUUAAUGGACCUGUGUGAUGACUGAAUGGCAGAGAGGACACAGACUUUUUCGAAGACCAAAGCCACAUUAACAGACCCACUUUGCGGUAGGCUUUCACUCCUGGAGUUGCAUACUUCUGGGUGUAACAGGUGGUCCUGCAGCUUGGGGUGAUAGUGAUUGAGGCACCUUAACUUGGGUGUAGUAAUUCCUGGGUAAAGUGCUCUAGUAAUUAAGGUGCCCUGGCAGAGACAGAGAUAGACUGUUCUUCAUAGUGUGGAGACCUGGUCCUCCAACCUUACUGUGUGGAUGAAUUGGCACAAUAGAGUCUCUUUAAGAUAUGGAAAUACUGCUUUAGUGUGAAUUAAGCCAGCAGGCCGAAUGUGGAUUUGCUUGUUUAACCUCUGUUAAAGUAUUGUAUCUAUAUAGGCAAUCAGGGAUUCCGCACAGACAAAACAUACAUGAAUUCAUAAGCCAGAAGCUGGAAGUUCUCUUUGACGACUGUGAUCUGUAACCAUCACCCAUUUCCAAGCAAAACCUUUUUCAUCUGGCUUGGAAUAUUAUGUGAAUGAAAUUAAAAGUACAUUCUUUGGCUUUCACUUGGCAAUGUUCAAACUCAAUAGUAGUACAUUGUUCAUUCUCAUGAUUGUACAGUAUUUCAUUGUGUGAAUAAACAACAUUAUCCAGU